AUGGCUGGUUGUCUGCAAUUUUUGAAGAAGUUGGCAUUUUUGAAAUGCCUGCUUGCAACUUUUUUUCUCAGCUUCUGUUUAGCCUCAGUCAAUGCAGAUCCUUUUGACCCGGCUCACCUGCUUUACCACAGGUCUGGACCUAAUGAAGAUGAUAUCAUCAUCGCCAACAAUGGGAUCAGAGUACCAUUUGGGAGGUCUGUGUUUCUGGAUCCUGUUAAUGAUCUGGUGACAGAAGUGCAGCCAGGUGACCGCUGCCACAUUACGGUUCUGGACAAUGACCCACUGUCCCAGAAGCCUGGGAUGUUGACCCCAAAAAAGUUCCCCUGUUCAUUUGGACCAGAUGAAGUGAAAUACACUCAUUUUGGAUCUCGAAGCCCCAACAAGGACCGCGUGAAGCUGCAACUUCGGUACGACUCCCACACAGACACAGUCAUAGUGCCUUUCAUGCUGGAGGUGGAGGUGGUUUUCCAGCAGCUUGAGAUCCUCACCAGGAAUAUGCCUCUCAAUGUCGAAAAGCUCAAUGGAGACAGCAACCCCAUUGACAAAAAGGCUCUGGAGUUUUCUUAUGAGGAUGGCGUCACACAAUGUAAGAUUGCCACUCUGGUUGGUGCUGGCGGUCUCCCCAGGUAUGGCACUCUUUUAAAUAACCCCUCCAAUGGCCAAAUGAUUGACUGUGAUGAGUUUGUGAAACAAGGCAUUCGCUACAAACACACUGCUGAAACCAAGUCACCAAACAGAGAUUAUGUUCCAAUGAUGGUUGAGCUGCAGGAUAAUGACGGCAACACAAUAAUGCAGGAACACUUUCAGAUGAUGGUCAGAAUCAAGGAAGGUGCAGAGAAUAGCGCUCCAAAACCCAGCUUUGUGGCAAUGAUGAUGAUGGAGGUUGAUCAGUUUGUGAUGACAGCCAUUACAAGUGAUAUGCUAGCUGCUGAAGAUGUUGAAUCUGAUCCAGAUGACUUAAUUUUUAAUAUUACAGCGCCGCUGAACCCUCAGCACGGCUAUCUCAUCAGUACAGAUGACCAAAACCUGCCCAUCACUUCUUUUUAUCAGAGAGACAUCAGAGAUCUUAAAAUAGCAUAUAAGCCACCUGCUGAAGACUCGGAGCAGGAGAGGAUUUUCCAGCUGGAGUUUGAAAUUGUAGAUACUGAUGGUUCAGUGUCGGAUACGUUCGCUUUUAUGAUUGUGGUGAAGCCUAUGAAUACCUUGGCUCCAGUUGCAACCAAAAAUACAGGGCAGCUAUUGUUUGAAGGGCAAUCCCGGGCUCUCUCGAGCUCCCAGAACUUGGAGAUCAGUGAUGAGGAUAACCUGGAAGAUGUGAAAAUCACAGUUGUAGAUGGUUUGAAGCACGGACAGCUUACUGUGCUUGGCACGCGCAGGAAAUUCUUUACACCCGCAGAUCUAGACGCCGGCAUUGUUGUGUACCAGCAUGACGGCAGUGACACGUACAGCGACAACAUUAUUUUUAGAAUGACCGACGGUCGUAAUGAAGUGGAAUUUUUGUUCCCCAUCACUAUUGCUCCCACUGAUGAUGAGCCUCCUAUUAUUAACGCUAACACAGGUCUGGUUCUGUUCAAGAAUGAAAUUAUGCAGAUCUCGCCGUUCAUCUUGAGCGCCACAGAUAUCGAUUCAGAAGAUUCCACUAUUAAGUUUGUCAUGGAAGCGCCAUACUCCACUGUAGGGGAACUCCUGCUGAGACAAGUAGAGCCUCCCUCUGAUCCAUCUCUCUGGAAAUUCAGCGACACAGAUGAAAUGUUUGAGCAGGUGGUCACUGAGUGGUUUCAGCAGGAUAUCCUGGAUGGAAAGCUCUUCUAUCGCCACACUGGGCCCCAUAGUACCACGACUGUGGUUGAUCAUUUUGUGUUCCGGGUCCAGGAUGAUAAUGACCCUCCUAAUCAAUCUGGAGAACACAUGUUCACCAUCAAAAUCCACCCCGUCGAUGAUCUCCCGCCAGAGCUUUUAACUGGCACCACUCUUCACAUGACAGUCCAGGAAUAUGAGCUCACAUACUUCAGAAAGAAAUUUUUGUGUUAUACGGAUCUAGAUUCAGACGACAGAGACCUGAAAUAUACAAUCACUAAGCCUCCAACUGAUACUGAUGAGAACAAUCCCGUCCCCUUGGGUGAAAUUGUACUGACUGACAGCCCUGAUACUGUAAUUACAGAGUUUACGCAAGCCCAGGUUAAUCACCACAAAGUAGCUUACAAGCCCCCGGACCAGGAACUGGGCAUCACUCCAAAAGUGGCUCAGUUCACAUUCAUUGUGGAGGACACAGCUGGAAACACAGCAGAUGGACUCUUCACCAUUUUCCUACAGCCAGUUGACAACAAACCCCCUAUCAUCACCAAUACAGGCUUCAGUGUGAUGGAAAGAAGUACAUAUAUUAUUACCAAGAAGGAGCUUCAUGCCACUGAUACAGAUACAGAUGAUGAAAAUAUAAUUUUCACAGUGACCCAGAUCCCUCAGCAUGGGCUGCUGCAGUAUUUGGGAAUCGACAUGCCAAAUGGUCAAACAUUUGUGCUUGAGGACAUUGCAAAUGGACGUCUAAGUUAUAUUCAUGGAGGGGAGGAGUCACUCAAUGAUUUAAUCAAAAUUACUGUAAGUGAUGGUUUCCAUGAGGUUCCCAUUAGCAUCAAGAUCACCAUUGAUCCCGUUGAUGAUGAAGUUCCAACGAUUAUGCUCCCGGCUGGUGUGCUCGGAGCCUCUAUCGAUGUGCUGGAAAAUGGAGCGACGGAGAUUACAAGCAAUGUUAUUCAGGGUCGCGAUGAAGACACAGAUGAUCUCAUGCUCACUUUCAUUGUCGAGGAACCUCCUCGGCUUGGUGAAAUUCUUGUUAACGGUGCUCCCGCUGAGAGAUUCACCCAAGAGGACAUCAUCAACGGGGUCGUGGUGUACGCUCACACAUUCGGUGAAAUUGGCCCAAUAAAAGAGCACGACUCUUUCAACCUUACUCUUUCUGAUAUGUCAGAGCAGUGGGUCGUUGGGGGCAACAAGGUCCAAGGUGUAACGGUUCACGUUACAAUCCUUCCUGUUGAUAGUAUUCCACCUGUUGUCAGUGUUACGGGGCAAUUUGUUGUACAGGAAGGCGAGAAAAAUGUCAUUACUCCCGGCCACAUUCAAGCUGAGGAUGUUGACACCAACAAUGACGAAAUUCUGUGCACCAUCAUUGUCCAACCAACAUCUGGUUAUGUGGAAAACAUCUCUCCAUCCACUGGUUCUGAGAAAUCCAGAGCUGGGACAGCUAUCACUGCGUUCACUAUCAAAGACAUUGCCCUCGGUCACAUCUACUAUGUCCAAAGCAUCCACAAAGGAGUUGAACCUGUGGAAGAUCGAUUCACCUUUCGCUGCUCUGAUGGUAUCAACUUCUCUGAACGCCACUUCUUCCCCAUUAUCAUCAUUCCAACCAAUGAUGAGAAGCCUGAGAUUUAUAUUCGUGAGUUCAUGGUGAUGGAGGGCAUGAGUCUGGUCAUUGACACACCGAUUCUAAAUGCUGCUGAUGCUGACAUCCCUGGAGAUGAGCUGCACUUUGAGAUCAUUAAAAACCCCAAGCAUGGUACAAUACUCCAGCAGCUCAGCACUGGCACCAUCCCUGUAGAGAGGUUCAACUUGGAGCAGAUUAAAGAAGCGUCUAACAUUGUCUAUGAGCAUGACGACUCAGAAACAAAAGAGGACAGCUUUGAGGUGAGACUAUCUGAUGGAAAACACAAAGUGGAUAAAACAAUUCCCAUCAUUGUCAUUCCUGUUGAUGACGAGACACCAAGAAUGGCAAUAAAUGAUGGUCUUGAUGUUGAGAUUGGAGAGACGAAAGUCAUCAGCAACAGCGUUUUGAAGGCAACAGAUCUUGACUCUGAAGACAAAGAACUGACCUAUGUUGUGCGAUACGGCCCUGGUCAGGGUUACCUUCAGCGCAUCAGCAAAUAUGGCGACGUUUUAGAAAAUAUCACCCUGGGAAUGAAUUUUACACAGAACGAAAUUGACAAACAGCUCAUCCAGUAUGUACACACAGGCCAAGAGGGGAUCCGCGAUUUGCUGAAAUUUGACGUCACUGAUGGCAUCAACCCAUUGAUAGACCGCUACUUUUACAUCACCAUUGGAAGCAUUGAUAUGGUUUUUCCUGAUGUUGUCAACAAAGGCGUCACACUCAAAGAAGGGGGAAAAGUCACUCUCACCACGGACCUCCUCAGCACCUCCGACAUCAACAGCCCUGAUGAGUACCUCAGCUUUAGCAUCACCAGGGCACCUAGCAGAGGCCACUUAGAGUGUACUGACUAUCCAGGAGUUCCCAUUUCCACCUUCACUCAACUGCAGCUUGCUGGCAACAAGAUCUAUUACAUCCACACAUCUGACGAUGAGAUGAAAAUGGACAGCUUUGAGUUUGAAGUGACAGAUGGUUACAAUCCUGUCUUCAGAACCUUCAGAGUGUCCAUCACCGAUGUAGACAACAAGAAACCUGUUUUGACUAUAAGCAAACUCUUUGUAGAGGAGGGGGAAACCAAGCUCAUCACACCAUUCGAAUUGACAGCUGAGGACAGAGACACCCCGGACCACUUACUGCGCUUCAUCAUCACCCAGGUACCAGUGCAUGGCCAGCUCCUUUUCAACAAUACCCAGCCGAUAACAGCUUUCACCAAGCAGGACCUUAAUGAGAACCUAAUCAGUUAUAAACACGAUGGCACUGAGAGCCAGGAAGACAGCUUCUCCUUCACAGUCACAGAUGGCACCCAUACCGAUUUUUACGUCUAUCCGGAUACUCUGUAUGAAACUCGAAAGCCCCAGAUGAUGACCAUACACAUCAACACAGUGGACAACGGUGUGCCACAGAUUGUGGUUAACAAAGCAGCAGCCUCGUUGAAAGUCCUUCAAACGGGGCACCUGGGCUUCCUCAUCACCAGCAAGGUGCUUCGAUCAGAGGAUCGAGACAGUCCCCAAAAGGUCCUGAAGUACUCUGUGUCUGAAGCUCCUCUUCAUGGCUUCCUAAUGAACUCUGCACAGGGAAAUGACAGCAUCAAGACAUUCUCUCAAGCUGAUAUUGAUGACAUGAAGAUCUGUUACGUGCUUUUGGACGGGAGCAACGCCACCAGUGAUAUCUUCUACUUCACGGUUGAAGACAACGGUGGAAAUAAACUGAAGCCUCAGCCAUUCAGGCUGAACUGGGCCUGGAUCUCUUUGGAGAGGGAGUACUACUUAGUGGACGAGGACGCAAAGUUCCUGGAGGUGACGCUGAAACGCAGGGGCUACCUGGGAGAAACGUCCUUCGUCAGCAUUGCAACCAAGGACGGCACAGCCGAAACAGAAAAGGACUUCCGUGGCAAAUCACAGAAACAGGUCCAAUUUAACCCGGGCCAGACCACAGCCACCUGGAAGGUGAAAAUCUUCACAGACCAGGAGUUUGAGACUUCAGAAACCUUCGAGAUACAACUGUCAGACCCCGUCAUGGCGGUGCUGGAGUUUCCCGACACAGCGACAGUGGAGAUUGUGGAUCCUGGAGAUGAAUCGACUGUCUUCAUUCCUCAAGCAGAAUAUAAGAUAGAGGAGGACAUUGGAGAGCUGCUGGUGCCGGUUCGCCGUUCCGGAGAUGCCAGUCAGGAACUCAUGGUGGUGUGUUACACUCAGCAAGCCUCGGCCACUGGCACCAUACCCAGCACUGUGCUGUCCUAUUCCGACUACAUUACCCGGCCGGAGGACCACAACAGCGUGCUGCACUUCGACAAGGACGAGAGAGAAAAACUCUGCCGCAUCAUCAUUAUCGAUGACUCGCUGUACGAGGAGGAGGAGAGCUUCAACGUCAGCCUCAGUAUGCCCAUGGGAGGCCAGGUGGGCGCCAACUUCCCAUCGGCCAAAGUCACCAUAUUGGCAGACAGCGAUGAUGAACCGGCGCUGUACUUUGGGGAGCCUGAGUACGUCGUGGAGGAGAGCUCGGGUUAUGUUGAGGUGAAAGUCUGGAGGACAGGUACCGACCUGUCCAAGACGGCUACUGUCACUGUUCGCUCCAGGAAGAGCGAGCCUCUUUCUGCAGAAGCUGGACUGGACUAUGUUGGUAUCAGCCGCAACCUGGACUUUGCUCCCGGAGUGACGAUGCAGACAUUCAGAGUGACCAUCCUGGAUGACCUGGGUCAACCCGAGCUCGAGGGGCCCGAGACCUUUGACCUGGUGCUCAGGAUGCCAAUGAAUGCUGUGUUGGGAGAACCAAGCAAGGCCACCAUUACCAUCAACGAUACCACCACUGACUUGCCAAAGGUUCAGUUUAAAGAGGGAAGCUACAAGGUGGAUGAGUCUGACGGAGAGGUAAAAGCCAUCGUGUACCGCAGUGGAGACAUCAGCCUCAGGUCCACAGUGCGCUGUUAUACCCGUCAAGCAUCCGCUCAGGUCAUGAUGGACUACAGCGAGAGGCCAAACACUGACGCUUCAGUUAUCACCUUUCUGCCAGGUGAGACAGAGAAACCGUGUGUAGUGAGCCUGAUGGACGACUCUAUCCAUGAAGACGAUGAGGAGUUCCGCCUGGUGCUGGGGACCCCCAAGAGCAAGUCUCCAUAUGGAGCCGCGAUCGGCGAACAGAAGGAGGCUCUGAUCACGGUGACGGACGAGAAAGACAAGCCCAUCAUCCGUUUCUCUGAGAUCAAGUACAGUGUGCGUGAGCCACAGGUGAAAGGUGACGUGGCCACGGUGAAGAUUCCUAUUCUGCGUUUUGGAGACACCUCAAAGCUCUCAGUGGUGAGAGUGCACACGAAGGAUGGCUCUGCAAACUCUGGAGAGGACUACAAUCCUUUGUCAGAGGAUGUGGAGUUCAAGGAGGGCGACAAGGAGCACUUUGUGGAGAUCGAGAUCCUGUAUGACGGCCAGAGGGAGAUGAGAGAGGCCUUUACUGUACAUAUGAAGCCUGAUGACAAUAUGGUGGCUGAAAUACAGAUGAACAAGGCCAUUGUUUACAUCGAAGAGAUGGACAGUGUAGCAGAUGUCACGUUCCCUGCGGUUCCCCAUGUGGUUUCCCUGCUCAUGUAUGACGACACUGCUAAAACCAAAGACAGGCCUAAUCCACCCAAUGGAUACCCGGUUGUGUGUGUGACGGCUUGCAACCCCAAGUACCACGACUUCGAUAAGACGGGCUCCAUUUGCGCUGCGGAGAACAUCAACGACACUCUCACGCAGUACCGCUGGCUGAUCAGUGCCCCCACCGGAUCCGACGGAGUGACCAGCCCCAUGCGGGAGGUGGACACCAACACCUUCUUCACCAACACAAAGUCCAUCACUUUGGAUUCAAUCUACUUCCAGGCUGGCUCCAGGGUUCAGUGUGCUGCCAGAGCCUUCAAUGCCAAUGGAGAUGCAGGCCUCGAACUGUCCAGUCCCAUUUUUAUCAUCAGUAAAGAGGAAGGUAUGUGUCAGCCUCGGAUACAAGGUACAGUUGGUGCUGAACCUUUCUCUGCAAAGAUUCGCUACACAGGCCCAGAUGAUCCAGACUUCCCCAAUCUCAUCAAACUCACUGUCAACAUGCCUCACAUGGAUGGCAUGUUGCCCGUCAUCUCCACGAGACCUCUAUCCAACUUCGAGCUCACCCUGAGUCCAGACGGCACACGUGUGGGCAACCACCGCUGCUCCAACCUGCUGGAUUUCAAUGAAAUCCAGACCGGCUAUGGCUUCAUCACAGAUGCGACAAAGAACCCUGAAAUCAUCGGGGAAACUUCGCCCUAUCAGUACAGUCCCAUCAUGCGUUCAACAAACUCCCUGCGCUUCUACAGGAACCUCAACUUAGAGGCAUGUCUGUGGGAGUUCACCAGCUACUACGACAUGUCCGAGCUGCUCAAUGACUGUGGGGGCUCCAUCGGCACUGACGGACAGGUACUUAACCUGGUCCAGUCCUACGUGACUCUGCGCGUCCCUCUGUUUGUGUCCUAUGUCUUCCACUCUCCGGUGGCCGUCGGAGGCUGGCAGCACUUUGACCUGCAGUCAGAGCUCAAACUCACGUUUGUGUACGACACGGCGAUUCUGUGGCAGGACGGCAUUGGCAGUCCACCUGAGGCAGAACUGCAAGGAGCCAUGUAUCCUACCAGCAUGCGCAUAAACGAGGAGGGACGACUUGUCGUCAACUUCAAGACCGAGGCACGCUUCAGGGGCCAGUUUGUUAUGUCUCAUCCAGGGACCAGCGUGUCAUCCAUGGUGAUGUGUGCUGACCACCCUGGGCUGACGUUCACGCUCGCCCUAGUCAGGACUGAGCCCACAUACAACCAGCCAAUGCAGCAGUGGAGUUUUGUCUCUGAUUUUGCAGUGCGAGACUACUCUGGGACCUACACGGUCAAACUGACCCCCUGUAUUGCGUCUCCUAAUGGGGAGUUCAGUAUCCCACCUGUCUGCCACCCACGAGAGCCUCUUACGUUUGAUAUGGACAUCCGUUUCCAGCAGGUGAGUGACCCUGUAGCAGCAGAGUUCAGCCUCAACACUCAGAUGUUCCUGCUGUCCAAGAGGGAGCUGUGGUUGUCUGACGGCUCCAUGGGUUUUGGGGAAGGGACUGACGCUGCUUUUUCAGAAGGCUCCAUGAUAUAUGGCCGUGUGAUGGUGGAUCCUGUCCAGAACCUGGGCGAGUCCUUCUCUUGCAGCAUUGAGAAGGUUUUCCUUUGCACUGGAGCUGAUGGCUACGUUCCCAAGUACAACCCUACAAACAAGGAGUAUGGCUGCCUGGCAGAUGCCCCAUCUCUGCUGUACAGGUUCAAGAUUCUGGAUAAAGCCCAGCCGGAGACUCAAGCUGUUGCAUUUGGAGACGUAUCUUUCAAAGCCACGCUCGCCUUGGACACACCUGGAGCUCUGUCCCUGAUCAGACAGCCAGGGUCAGAUGGCUUCACCCUGUCUUCCUCUCCACUUUUCCAGGUGGCUGCUGGUCGAGAAUGGUUCAUCCAUGCCAUCUACACUGUCCGCUCCAGAGAAAAUGCCAACCGCAACAUUGGUAAACGUAGCCUGGAGUACCUGCAUCACAGUAUCUCCACGUUCGAGCAACCGGACACCUCCAGUGCAGUCUCUCGCCACCGUCGGGCCGCUUCGUCCUUCUCCGGUCCCGCUCUGGCCCAGGACAUCGGUGUCGACAACAACCGGGGCACCAACAUCCAGCACAUAGCUUUGGACCGAGCUGACCGUGUGGUGGUCAGCCAGCGCCAGCCCUGGUCCCCGAACCGCGACUCUCUCCUGGAGCGCCCCCUGCUGGAGAGUUCGGGGAGAGAGCCUGCUGACUCCACCACCGUGCCCAUGCUGGUGGGAAUUGCAGGUCUGAUCCUCCUCAUCUGCAUCAUUGUCACCAUCAUCGUCCUGCUGCUGUGGCGCAAGAAGCGUGAAAAGAAGAGCCAGUUCCCCCCUUAUGCCACUUCCACUUCAUCCGCCUACAGCGGCUACAGUCGCAGCCCAGCGAAUAUGUGGAGCAGCUCAGACAGCUCUGAGGUGUAAAAUCUGUCUUCCCCUUCAAAAGACUUUGAUAGUCUUCCCCACCACUGUGCCUUCGAUGCCCAACUUGUGUAGCACUGAAUGGAGCCCAGUAAGGCCUGCGGACAGAGAAAGGAUGUUGGUGCUUAGGGCCCACACACAGAGAAUGUAACAGCUUUGAGGCUUACUGAUCUCUGAUAAGUUUUAGAUUUUCACUGUACUGCAGGUUAGGUGCAGUCUAUGCAAAAACAUGCUGUAUGUAAAAGCCCCUAUCAAUGAUUCUCUCCUGUUUCAGUAUGCCAAGUUGUAAAAUAUUGCUCUUUGUGGAGUGUUCGCAGAUGCAUGCAAUGUAGUCAGUGAAAUGAAUUAGUGAGUAAAUGACAACUUUGCCUGGAUUUCAUGAACGGAAACCAUUUUUUCUACAUUCACACUUAAAUUUUAUUUUUUUUUUAUUAUUACUGUAAUUUCUCCAAAAUCAUCAUUUUGUUGUAUGAAGAGUAAAGCGAAAUGGCUUGAAUGUUAGAUGAAACUGAUCCAAUUGAAUGAUAAUGUGACUGAUGAAUUUUCGCAGUCUGUGUGACCACUGCUGAUAAUAGUACCACGACGGAGUCACUCAAAGGGAUUGUAAAUGUUAUUUUAGUCUUGAGAAUGCAGAAUUUCAUUUUUAUACAUUUUGUGGCUGAAAUCAAAUGCAAAGCUAUCUGUGUACAUAUCAAUAUAGGACUAUGAGAAAAGGUAUUACUACACCCUGGUGAAACUUGAAAAAAAAAAAAAUUAAGAACUCUAAAAUCUUUGUUGAUCAAGUACAGAAAAAAAUAAGUGCAGAAUAAACAUUUCCUCUACAGGUGACAGAUCAUAUAAAACAAUGUGCCCACUGUUUUGACCUAUUCAUAUUGUGAGGAUUUUAAGCGUUUGG